CUUGAAAUAUUUUAUUUGGUGGAUAAUGGCGCUGACUCAACUUCGUUCGAAGCUCAGUUCAGUUGAACCGAAAUGGACGCUUCAAUAGUUCCUUCUCCUCAACUCCCGCCGCCUCAGUUCGAACCAAACACCGAAAACAUCAAAAGAAAGCUCCUCCGGAAAGGUGUUUACCCAACUCCCAAAAUUAUUCGAACUCUCAGGAAAAGAGAAAUUCAAAAGCAUACCCGCAAAACUAAACACUCCCAACCCCAAACGCCACCGCUCACCGCUUUCCAGCUCCAAUCUCUGGCCGAAGAAUCCCACUUUUUAACCCUGAAACGAGAGUACAAACGCUUCUCCAAAGAGCUCAACCCCAAAAAGGAGCCCCGGAGUCCUUCCCUGUUGGGAAAGCCAUGGGAGAGAAUCGAGAGAGCCAAGCUUGCAGAGCUGGUUUCCAAAAAUGGAGAAUUCGAUGGACAGAGCUUGAAGAGAGAGAAUCUUGUGGAACUCCGAGAAAUGUUCGAGAAGGAUCUCCGUUGGGUCCUGGAUGAUGAUGUCGACGUGGAAGACGAUGGUGGGCUGUUGCCGCGUGAAAAGCCAGCGAGGGAUCGGGACCCUUCAAAACGGUGGCGUAACGAGAAAGAAGCAAUUCGGUUUCUUGUUGAUAGGUUAAGCGAGAGAGAAAUAACGGAGAGGCAUUGGAAAUUUGUGAGGAUAAUGAAGCAAUCAGGAUUGCAAUUUACGGAGUGGCAAUUACUUAGGAUUGUUGAAGGACUUGGAAAGAACGGGAAAUGGAGGCAGGCAAUGGCGGUCGUCCAAUGGUUGUACGGAAAUAAGGAGCAUAAAGAGUUUAAAAGCAGGUUUGUUUACACAAAACUGUUGUCGGUUCUUGGGAAGGCGAGAAAGCCCCAGGAAGCUCUCCGGGUUUUCAAUCUGAUGCUUGGAGACUGCCAUAUAUAUCCCGAUUUAGCUGCAUAUCACAGUAUUGCUGUUACAAUGGGGCAAGCUGGUCUUUUGAAGGAGCUGCUAAACAUAAUCGAGCGCAUGAGGCAGAGACCUUAUAAAAGAAUUAAAAAUAUGCGCCGCAAGAACUGGGAUCCAGUGCUUGAACCUGAUUUGGUUGUGUAUAAUGCUGUUCUGAAUGCUUGUGUCCCAGUACAUCAGUGGAAAGGUGUUUCCUGGGUGUUUGAACAGUUGAGAAAGAGUGGUCUGAGACCUAACGGAGCAACAUAUGGGCUUGCAAUGGAGGUGAUGCUGCAAUCUGGAAAGUAUGAUCUGGUCCACGAGUUCUUUAGAAAAAUGAAAAGAAGUGGAGAAGCUCCAAGAGCACUUAGUUACAGAGUUCUUGUCAAAGCUUUUUGGGAGGAAGGAAAAAUUAACGAAGCUGUGGAAGCAGUCCGGGAUAUGGAACAGAGGGGAGUAAUUGGAACAGCCAGUGUCUACUAUGAGCUAGCCUGCUGCCUUUGCAAAAAUGGGAGGUGGCGAGAUGCUAUCAUAGAGGUGGACAAGAUGAAAAAACUCUCUCAGAGGAAACCUUUGGAGAUUACCUUUACUGGUCUGAUAAUGGCUUCCCUGGAUGGUGGACAUUUUAAUGACUGCAUUUCCAUAUUUCAAUAUAUGAAAGACCAUUGUGCACCCAACAUAGGAACCAUAAAUGCAAUGCUUAAAGUGUAUGGCCAGAAUGAUAUGUUUUCUAAAGCCAAAGAGUUGUUUGAAGAAAUCAACAAAGCCAAAUCUGGUCCUUAUGAUUCCCAGAAUGGCAAGUCUACUAACCUUAUCCCAGAUGGGUACACAUAUAGCUUAAUGCUGGGGGCAUCUGCCAGUGCACUCCAAUGGGAAUAUUUUGAGUAUGUCUACAAGGAGAUGACUCUAUCUGGAUAUCACCUAGAUCAAACUAAACAUGCAAUUCUACUCGUAGAAGCAUCCAGAGCUCGGAAGUGGUAUCUAUUAGAGCAUGCAUUUGACACCUUUUUGGAAGUUGGAGAGAUUCCUCAUCCUCUGUUAUUCACUGAGAUGAUAAUUCAAGCUACUGCUCAAAGUAAUUAUGAGAAGGUUGUCACCCUGGUCAACACCAUGGCUCAUGCUCUGUAUCAAGUCAGUGAAAAGCAGUGGACUGAGGCUUUUGAGGAAAAUGGAGACAGGGUUAGUCAUGGUAGCUUAUCAAAACUGUUGGAUGCACUCUCCAAUUGUGAAUUAUCAUCCGAAAUCACAGCCUCAAACUUGAUAAGAUCCUUGCAAUAUCUCUGUGGAUCUGCCAAAUCAGAACCAAACAGUAACGAUGGGGAAACUUAUGGCAGUGAGAGAUUAAAUAUUCAAAGUAUUUCUCAGGAUAUGAGGGGUGAAAAAAUUAUAGCUGCCAUGGAUCCUCUUCUAAAAGCAACUGACGUAUCAUUUGCUGUGUUUUCUGCUAAUUGCAAUGGAAAGAAUGAAGAGGGUGGUGUUGAUGCAGAUUUGAUACAUAGGUUAUCAAAUUAUGAUAUGGAUGAUAGUGCGUCUAAAACCUUCACAUGCAUGGAGGAUUUUGCUAAUGAUACUGCAUCUGGUGACCCUACUAGUUUGGGCAAGCAGGUCUCUUUGUUAAAUUUAGAUGAGUAUACCAAGGAUGUUGAUGAGGCUGAAGUUGACCUGCCAAUCGAUGAUGACGAGGCCGAAAUGGAGUUGCUAAUCAAUGAGGAUGGUGAUUCUAGUACAUCGAAGUUGCCUUCUGCAAAUGAGAUAUUGGAAUCAUGGAAGGAAAGCAGCAAAAAUGAUGGGAUUUUCUUUCCCAUCCAUCUUGGCCUGAAGUAAGUGCCACCAUUUUCCUUGUUUUCUCAGAACUCAGCUUUGGUAUUACAGAACAGCUUGCCACCAGAGGUGAGGAUCCUCAAAGCGGAGAAUCAAGCAGAAAGAGCAGAACUAUUAGUCAGAGAGAGUUCCUGGAAGAGGGUCCUACACAUUACCGUAAAGGUGUGGGCAACAGACCCGACAAUCUAGGCAAGUGCUCAAGUCCUGGGAAGAGUAAGGCUUCGGCAAUGAGAGAGGAAGUCACAAAUGCUAACGCACAAGCUCAUUUAAGGGGCAGCCUGCAAUUUGCUUGAGGGAUAUAGGAAGCAAAGCAAAUAACUCACUGUGAAAUGGAUAAGAGCAGGGCUGACCUCUGACUCUGAGGGAAGUGAGCUCAUUAUUUUUCAUCAAUGCCUUGCAUUUCGACCUAGUAUAUAGUAUUAUACAAGAAUGCGAGCAUUUCAAAGAAAAUUAGAUGAACCAUCCUUCAUCUUAUAGUUAUUUGAUUUUACA